UUGUUAUUCAAACAGUUGUGGGACCCCAUGGCAUUGGAUGUAUCUUUCAAGAGAGAGAAAGAGAAGGUAACACGGAGUACCAGUUUGGAGGAAGGGAAAAAGCGAAGAGAAGAGGGAGAAAACGUUUUCCAGUUCAAAAGGUCAAACGCACAACCAUAAAACCAUCUCCUCUUGUCAUCUACAUCUUUCCCGUGCGUGUUCUCCGCUUGAUUAAUGCUUCAUCAUCUGAUUGUUUACUCACGUCAGCAGCAUCGCUCGGCGGCUGACGGAGACCGGCCACGGUGGCUACACUGACGAUUCAUCACCGACACCAACAUCAGCAGCAGCGCAGGAAGCAGAUAUACAAUCUGUGUUACUUCCAUUGGCAACGUCUGGUUCGUUUCAUUCCUUGGUUGUUCUUCGAGUUUAUUAUGAAGAAAAGCCAGAGUAUCAAUAGUAACGUGAAUAAUAAGGUGAAGAAUGGGGCUACCAAUGGCUUUCUUCCAAAUUCUUUCAAGUUCAUAUCCUCCUGCAUCAAAACUGUGUCGUCUAACGUGCGAUGUGCGGGAGCUUCCGUGGCCGGUUCCAUCUCCGCCGCUGCCUCCGACUCGGAUGAUCAUCGCAAGGACCAGGUUUUAUGGGCUUGCUUUGACAAACUAGAAUUAUCUCCCUCAUCAUUCAAAAACAUCCUGCUGAUUGGUUAUUCCAAUGGGUUUCAAGUCUUGGAUGUUGAAGAUGCUUCUAAUGUAUGCGAACUGGUCUCUCAGCGCGAUGAUCCAGUAACAUUUCUGCAGAUGCAAC